AUGGCUGUGGACAAUGGGAAUGCCCACAGCAUGGGCCGGCCAGUGAAGGCGCUGGUGCGGGUGGCCACGCAGGUCAACGUGGUGCAAGCUCACCGCCUCGUCAACUUUGACGCCCCAGCCGCGUGCGUCACCCUUGACCCUUCUGCCCAGGCGUCUCUCAACGAGGGGAGCCAGGGCGUGGAAGUGUGGUGGCUGGGAGCGCCGCGGCAGAGCAACGGCUUAAACGGGAAGCAGCAAGCGGUGUGCAGCAAGGUCAGGUUCUUCACGAAGGGUGCUUGCCAGGGUGCGCCGGUGGCCGAAACCGUGAAGCCGCAAGUCCCCAAUCUAAAGAAAAACUUCCUCCGGCCCAGGUGGGUGAUGCGGCAUGUCCCUGGGUGGGUGAUGCGGGGUGGUAUUGCUGCAUAUGAAAAUUUGGUUUCACCCACUGCAGUGCUUGUGAUGACUCAACUUGCAGUGCUUGUGAUACCCCCUCUUGCGCUCUGCUUUCUCCUGCCCCUUCCGUCUUUUCUCCUGCCCGGUCCCUGCCCGCUCUCCGUCCGACCAGCUAGGGCCUUCAAGCCAGUCCAAGAUGGGUUCGAAGACGGUCUCUCUGAGGCUGCCGCUCACCACGAGGUUCCACCGGCGCGCCCAGAACGACCCCAGCGACGUCGCCAGGUACGGGCGACGGAAGUGCGGCUCCACGGCGAAGCGCGGGGCGACGGCGGCGACGACCCGUGCGACGAGUUCGCAGAGGAGCGUGACGAAGAGGAAGAGGUUCGCGCUGUGCAGCAGCGUCACGGCCGGCGCGGGGAGGUUGAAAGCGUAUGCUCGGAUGGUGAGAGAGAGGAGGAAUGCUUUUAA